UCUUACCGCAAUCAUUCCGAAAACGUCAGCCGAUUGCAACGGAAGCAAAUAAAUAUGCUUACACGUCCCUUUCGCGACCGCUGUUGUGCUAAAUAGUAAUCGAAAUUCAUUCAUGUAGAAGAAAAUUUGCAAUACUCAGAGGCUUUCCCCAGUGACAAGGUGAUGUUGAAUGUGACGAUUAGCAUCUCAGUGGAAAUACAUGGCUUUUGCGGGUUUCGUCUGGAUACAAUAAUUACCGCUUUGGGGUGGCUUAUCAAAACAGUGUAAUGUAAUGAACUGAAAAUUGUGGACGGCUUUAGUUGAACGAAUUACCGAAUGUAACGCAUCGCUUGGAACCCCACAACAAGGCGCUCGAAUUCAGACGAUAAGCCCAGCCGGACAGCUUUUCAGCUGUUCGAAAGUAGAAAAUUUUCCUUCAGCCACAAAGCGAUCGAUAAUCGGCUCCUCCGGAUCGUUUGUAUGUAUAGAGGAGGCAGCGAAAGUCUCCUGCAGCAGCAAUGGUGUAAGCAAAUCGUUUUCCUCCUCUUGAGACCCAGUGGUAGCCAGUGCUAAGAGAGUGCGAGUGUGUGUUGGAAUGUCGGAUCCUGCGACUCGUGAGGUGCAUUUGAGUUACCCAUAUGCGACCACAGAGCGGUACUAGCCAAGAAGAUUCGGAUGAAGCGGGAAUGCUGGUAGGGUGAGUGUUUGGGGGCUGCAUCAGAGUCACUCACCGGGUGGCCCGGUUUUUCUCAGCUCUGUGUCUCUCUCACAUUCUCGCGGACUCGGCGCGAUUUGGAGGGUGGCGUUCGUCCUCGAAGGGACAAAAAAGCGCGCGCGAAUGUUUUCGCGACGGGAGGUUUUUUUCCGGCGGUAGAAAAACAAACCCCUUAUGUUUACAAAUAUUGCGAGAAUGCACGCGUCGUUGGCGCACUUCCGGGCGCUGGACUCGGAUAUGAAAAUCAGUGACGAACCUUCAAUAGUGAUAAUGCUUCUUAGCACGCGUCGAAGUUUUCUUAGUAAGUGAAAGGAAGCGAUACCAUUCACCGCUUCCGCAUUCACCGCCGGACGGGUGUCCCCAGUGGAUACGGCUUUUCGGUUUAGGCUUUUCCCGGUGGUGCUAGCUGCAGGAAAACGCGCAAACGGGGAGGGGGGAAAAAGAUGUCAAACUUGAUGACUGCCAACCAGAGCGAACAAUUAAGUGACGAACUAAAUUUCACCGCAUUCAUCGAUCUGUGUCGGUUCUGUUCCAUCAAGAGUGGGCCCCGGCUCAACAUCUUCGACAAAGAGGCCGAACAGCGCCAGAUAUUGUUCAAGAUCAGAACAAUUUUGCCGAUUGUGAUAAACAAAGAAGAUUUUCUACCGAAGAAAAUCUGCGAGCGCUGCGUAAAUCAAAUUGAACAGUUCUUCGAAUGGCGUUCGAAUUGCGUGCAAACGGAUGCAAUUUUGCGUAAUUACGCUGACUCGAUGCGUGUGGUAACUGCUACGAUAAACUUUCAGGACGGCACCGUUAACAUCGAUAAGAUGACUCCAGCACAAAAGAAUGCAUAUCUCGAGGCACAUAUGGCCGUGCAACAGCAAAUGAUGCAAGCCGCUCAGCAGUUGCACCAACAGCAGCAACAACAACAACAACAACAACAACAACACCAACAGCAGCAGCAGCAACAGCAGCAUCAACACCAGCAGCAGACUAUAACGAGCCACCUUGGUUCAUCACGUUCGUCGAAGAAGUCUAAAUUGAACAACAACGAGUCUCAACCUGCACACUUCCAUCAUCAGCAGGUGCACCUGCAAAUUCCUCAACAGCAGCAACAUCAGCAUGGUCAUCAUCAAACGAUCAACUCCGGGCCAACAAUCGUUGGUAGCGUUCCCAUCACUACAACCCACUACGCGAAUACUAUCAAAGUGCCGCAGAUCAAUACGAGCUCAAUAUCCAACUCCACUAACACAAGUGCUACCGGCGGGGACAGUAGUACCUUCACCGUCCCCGAUGACGUUGGAAUGGGUUUUGAAGGUGGAGUACGCGUUCUUCAAAGUUUGGGGAACUGGUCGCCGGAGAUACCUCCGAAUAUUCCUCGCCCAAAUUUAAUUCCCUUUACAGAGCCAUAUGCCGAGGGGGGAUCGAUGCAUCCGGCGACGCGAUUGAAGGCUCUUCAGCAAGUGCAUCAGUCGUCGUCCAAAAAGAGUACGGCCAAACCAAAGGCGAACAAUAACAAUAACACGGGUCCCCCCAAGCCGGUCUUCGAGUGUACGAUCUGCGGGAAAGGUCUCGCGCGUAAGGACAAACUGACGAUCCAUAUGCGGAUCCACACGGGUGAGAAGCCGUACAUUUGUGAGGUCUGUGACAGGGCGUUCGCUAGACGCGACAAAUUGGUGAUUCACAUGAACAAGUUCAAACAUGUCACCCCGACCAACAUCGCUCCUCUGGGGAAGCGUCAGAAUCGUACGCCAACGUUAGUGAAAAAAGAGGACACGAAAAGCGAAGACAAUAAACCACUUUUGAUCGACCAUCAUGCCUUAGCGACGCAAACCUUGACCACUGUGGUCAACAGCAUUUCGGCGCAGCAACAGCAGCAGCAGCCGCAGCAGAAUCAACAACAGCUGUCGCAAACACAGCCUCAAACUACUCAGCAACAUGGGCAGCAGCAAACGAGUGGGUCUUCGAUCGUUGGGAUGAGUAUACCUCAGCAACAUCAGCACCAUCAGCUCUCGUGGACCUGCGAACUCUGCGGUCGGAUGUUCCCAACUCGGGAGGAGUGGACGCUGCACGCCAAGAGUCACCUGGAAUAUUGACAGCAACCUGGCGGUAUUGUAGUGGGAACCGAGAGUGAUAACAAUGCCGGCCUCAGUAACAGAGAGAAACAACUUCAGCAGUCUCAGUCAAUUGCGUUGAGUCAGAAUUUCUACAGCAACACUUCCGGCGAGGCACAAACCAUUCCGCAGAACAUUGUCGUCCAGCCGCAGAACAGCUCCAACUAUUGCUUCCUGUGCCGGCAGGACUGUGGUAGCCAGGCCGAGUUUGCGGCGCACAUCCGCAGUCACUUCGUGGAUGGGAAGAUCUCCGCCACUACGGUCGAUUCGGCGACGCUGUUCACGAGACAUGUGGACAUCAACACCGGCGGAAUGUGUAGCAGUACUUGAAGCUCAAAGCGUCCGUUUUGGGGGUUGUUUUACACAUAUUCUUUCGUUCAUUUUGAACACGCACUAUUCGAAUUAACUCUACAUAUCGAUUUGUACAGCUAUCAUUGCUCUCGAUUAGUUUGCAUUAGUCGAAUUACUGUGUUACGAGUAAAGUUGACCAGUCGUACCGACUGACGAACGGAAUGCACUGAAUGAGAUCUUCCAAAGAUCAAACCUCUCAGAGGUAGCCGAGUGAUUGAUGUAAUGUUUUUGUAACAAAAUCAAAAUUAGUAGAAUGACUGAAACUAAAACAAUUUGAAUAAAGCUGUAUAAUCUUG